UCAUAUACAAUUUUGAGGGCCUUUUGGUUUGCCUAUCUAUAUCUAGACUCUUUCUUACUUAUGUUAUUUCAUUCUCCUCUUUGAGUUUAUUCCAAUAGUUUUCAUAUUAUUAAACUUAGGCACCAGUUGGUUGGGUUGUGACUCAGAAAAACUAAGCUCAUGUCUGGAGCUUCUUCAUCUUCACCAGCUGGAGCUGCUUUUACUGUUUUCACUUUCUUUGUUGCAAUUAUCUUUGUUCUUGCUCCUUUUGCAAGAGCCCAGAAUGGAACUCAACCCACUACUGAUCCCUCUGAAGUGAGAGCUUUGAAUUCUAUUUUUAACCAAUGGAAGAUAAAGGCUAACACCCAACAAUGGAAUACAACUGGGGACCCGUGCAGUGGUGCCGCCGUAGACGAUUCCAGCUUCGACGAUGUCACUUUUAACCCCUUUAUCAAAUGCGACUGCUCUUUCAACAAUAGCUCUCUCUGCCACAUUACUCAACUGAAAGUUUAUGCACUGGAUGCUGUUGGUCCAAUUCCAGAAGAGCUAUGGAGUCUAACCUUCCUCUUCAAUCUGAAUUUGGCCCAGAAUUUCUUGACAGGCUCUCUUUCUCCAUCAAUUGGAAACCUCACUAAGAUGCAAUACUUGAGCUUAGGCAUAAAUGCACUGUCAGGGGAGCUACCAAAGGAAUUGGGACAACUUACUGAGCUAUUAAGUGUAUCCCUUGUAUCAAACAACUUCUUUGGUCCGCUGCCGCCAGAACUAGGGAAUUUAAACAAAUUAGAACAACUUUACAUUGACAGUGCUGGAUUUAGUGGAGAGAUACCUUCAACAUUUGCAAAUCUCCAAAGCAUGCAAACAUUGUGGGCAUCAGACAAUGAAUUCACAGGAAAGAUACCUGACUUCAUAGGAAAUUGGACAAAUCUUAAUACAUUGAGGCUUCAAGGAAACUCUUUUGAAGGACCUAUACCAUCAACAUUCGCAAAUCUAACUUCUCUAAAAGACUUGCGGUUAAGUGAAAUAUCUAAUGUAAGUUCUUCUCUUGCAUUUAUCAAGGAUAUGAAGUCUCUAAUUAUCUUAAUACUGAGGAAUAACAACAUCGCCGACUCAAUUCCUCUAAAUAUUGGAGACUACCAACAGUUGAUACAGCUUGAUUUGAGCUUCAACAAUAUAAAUGGACAAAUUCCAGAUUCUCUUUUCACCAUGAGUUCACUCUCAAUUCUAUUUCUUGGAAAUAAUAGCUUAACUGGUACCCUGCCUCAACAAAAAAAAACCUCUCUUCAUGUUAUAGAUUUGUCAUACAACAAUUUAGUGGGAAACCUCCCUUCUUGGGUCAAUCAAGAAAACUUACAGCUGAAUUUAGUGGGAGGAGGAAGCAACUUCAAUAUAAAAAGUUUAAAGAAGAGUGUUCUUCCAUCGGGGUUGAAUUGCCUUCAGCAGAACUUUCCCUGCAAUCGAGGCAAAGGCAUCUAUUAUAACUUUGGGAUUAACUGCGGCGGUCCUGAAAUGACUCCUUCUAAUGGUAUUUUAUAUGAAAGAGACAAUGAAACUCUUGGUCCAGCUACUUAUUAUGUUAGCAGCACUGAGAGGUGGGCGGUUAGCAAUGUUGGAAGCUUUUCCGGGAACAAUAAUGCGAGUUAUACUUUAGAAUCAGCACUUUUCCAGACAUCAAGGCUUUCUGCUUCAUCACUACGAUAUUAUGGUCUUGGCCUUGAGAAUGGUGCCUACACCGUAAACCUUGAAUUUGCAGAAACAGCUUCACUAACCUCUUCUUCCUGGAAAAGUAAUGGGAGGCGUGUAUUUGAUAUUUAUAUCCAAGGGAAGCUUGUUUUGAAGGAUUUCGAUAUGCGAAAGGAAGCUGGUGGAGUUUAUCCUCGAUUUAUUUCAAAAACCUAUAAGGUUAGAGUAUCAGAGAACUACCUUGAAAUCCAUCUUUUUUGGGCUGGAAAAGGAACUUGCUGCAUACCUGCGCAAGGUACUUAUGGUUCCUCUAUUUCAGCCAUCAGUGCUAGCCCAGAUUUCAUUCCCACAGUCAGUAACAUACCUCCAACCAAGACGGAUAAUGGGACUGAUCUGAUUUUAGGACCUCCAACUAAGAAGAACAAGAGGACUGAUCUGAUUGUAGGGGCUUCUGUUGGUAUUGGGGUUUCAAUAUUUUUCUGUGUGUUGGGAAUUCUAUAUUUUCUUCAAAGAAAAAAGAAGUCUCAAAACAACUACAACAACGAAGAGCUUUUAGGGAUGGAUGUUAAACCAUUUACUUUCAGUUAUGCUGAGCUAAAGAUGGCUACUAAUGACUUCAGUUCUGCUAACAAGUUGGGAGAGGGAGGAUUUGGAAUUGUCUACAAGGGAACACUUGAAGAUGGAAGAGUAGUAGCCAUAAAGCAAUUGUCAGUGACAUCCCAUCAUGGAAAAAGUCAGUUUAUAGCUGAGAUUGCUACCAUAUCUGCUGUGCAACAUCGUCACCUAGUGAAAUUGUAUGGUUGCUGCCUUGAAGGAGAUAAGCGACUUCUUGUUUACGAGUACUUGGAGAACAAAAGUCUUGAUCGAGCAUUAUUUGACCACAGUUUGAAGCUGGAUUGGGCAACACGUUUCAACAUUUGCUUAGGAGUAGCAAGAGGUCUAAGUUAUCUUCAUGAGGAAUCACACAUUAGAAUUGUCCACAGAGAUAUAAAAGCCAGCAACAUUCUGCUGGACUCUAAUCUCAAUCCCAAAAUAUCAGAUUUUGGUUUGGCAAAGUUUUAUGAUGAUAAAAAGACUCACAUAAGCACCUGCGUUGCUGGGACAUUUGGUUAUCUUGCUCCUGAGUACGCUAUGAGUGGGCACCUAACAGAGAAGGCUGAUGUGUUUGCCUUUGGUGUUGUGGCGCUUGAGAUUGUUUGUGGCCGUCCCCGCUCUGAUCUGACCUUGGAACAAGAAAAAGUUUAUCUUCUUGAAUGGGCUUGGAACUUGCAUGAACGAAAACGUGAAGUUGAAUUGGUGGAUUUAACACUGUCAUCGGAGUUUAAGGAGGAAGAAGUAGUGAGAGUGGUAGAAAUAGCUCUUUUAUGCACCCAAACAUCACCGUUUGCUCGGCCACCAAUGUCUCGAGUGGUGGCAAUGCUUUUGGGUGAUGUUGAAGUAAACCAAAAAAUGUCAAGACCUGGCUACUUCUCUGACUGGAGAUUCAGUGAUGUUAGCAGCAUAGUGAGUGAUAUUGCUGCUAAUGUGUCUGGUAAUAACCAUUAUUACUCGUCUUCGAGUUUAAACACCAUGGAGGUUGACCUUGAUGACAAAUCACCUACUAAUACUACUCGACCUAUGCUAUCACAAUCAAAAGUACUUUAGAUCAACUUAAUUACAUCAUUCUUCUGUUUUCAUUCAUAUUAUAAUAUUAGAGAGAUAACAUCUAUGAAAUUCUCAUAUUAUUUGCAUAUAUAUGGUUCCCACAUUCUUAUAUUAAUA